CAGUCAAGAAUACACUGAUUCAACUGGCAUAGAUCUACAUGAAUUUUUAGUAAAUACAUUAAAAAACAAUCCCAGGGACAGAAUGAUGCUGCUGAAAUUGGAACAAGAAAUUUUAGAUUUCAUUGGUAAUAAUGAGUCUCUACGUAAAAAAUUCCCCCCAAUGACAUCUUACCAUAGGAUGCUGUUACACAGAGUAGCUGCUUACUUUGGAUUAGACCACAAUGUUGAUCAGAGUGGAAAGUCUGUCAUAGUAAACAAAACUAGCAAUACAAGAAUACCUGAUCAGAAAUUUAAUGAACAUAUUAAGGAUGAUAAAGGUGAAGACUUUCAGAAACGGUAUAUCCUCAAGAGAGAUAACUCUAGCUUUGACAAAGAUGACACCCAGAUGAGAAUACGUUUGAAAGAUGACAGAAGAAGCAAAUCUAUAGAAGAAAGAGAAGAAGAGUACCAGAGAGCUAGAGACCGAAUAUUUUCCCAAGAUUCCCUGUGUUCCCAAGAGAAUUAUAUUAUUGACAAAAGACUCCAAGAUGAGGAUGCUAGUAGUACCCAGCAGAGGCGCCAGAUAUUCAGAGUUAAUAAAGAUGCUUCAGGAAGAUCAACAAAUAGCCAUCAAAGCAGCACUGAGAAUGAGUUGAAGUAUUCAGAACCACGACCCUGGAGCAGCACAGAUUCAGACAGCUCUCUCCGAAACCUGAAACCUGCCGUAACCAAAGCCAGCAGCUUCAGUGGAAUCUCGGUCCUGACAAGAGGUGAUAGUUCUGGAAGCAGCAAAAGCAUAGGCAGGCUUUCAAAAACAGGUUCUGAGUCUUCUGGUAGUGUAGGGUCAUCUACAGGCUCUCUUUCUCACAUCCAGCAGCCUCUUCCAGGUACAGCUCUCAGCCAGUCUUCUCAUGGCGCACCUGUCGUCUAUCCAACUGUCAGCACUCAUAGUUCUCUUUCCUUUGAUGGUGGCCUAAAUGGGCAAGUCGCAUCUCCUAGCACUAGCUUCUUUUUGCUUCCCUUGGAAGCGGCAGGCAUACCACCUGGCAGUAUUCUGAUCAACCCACAAACAGGUCAGCCCUUCAUAAACCCAGAUGGGAGUCCAGUUGUGUACAAUCCUCCUAUGACUCAACAACCAAUUAGACCCCAAGUGCCUGGACCUCCACAGCCACCUCUGCCACCCCCACCACCUCAACAACCAGCAGCUAAUCACAUUUUCUCACAGGAUAACCUUGGGUCUCAGUUUAGCCACAUGAGUCUUGCCCGCCAGCCAUCCGCUGAUGGUUCUGACCCUCACGCCACCAUGUUCCAGUCCACUGUUGUUCUUCAGUCUCCACAGCAAUCUGGUUUUAUCAUGACGGCAGCCCCUCCACCACAUCCUCCUCCACCGCCACCACCACCACCUCCUCCUCCGCCCCUACCGCCUGGGCAGCCAGUCCCUACUGCUGGCUAUUCUGCCUCUGGUCAUCCUGUCAGCCAGCCUGUGCUCCAGCAGCAGGGAUAUAUUCAGCAGCCAUCACCACAGAUGCCAGCCUGUUAUUGCGCUCCAGGCCACUAUCACUCCAGUCAACCUCAAUUUCGCCCAGUCCCUUCUGUCCAUUACAAUUCACAUCUAAACCAACCACUGCCACAGCCUGCACAACAGACAGGUUAUCAAGUUGUGCCCAACCAGCAGCAAAACUACCAAGGAAUAGUUGGAGUUCAGCAACCCCAGAGUCAGAACCUAGUCAGUGGCCAACCCAACAGCAUUGGAAAUCAGAUUCAAGGAGUAGUCAUCCCCUAUCCCACAGUGCCAUCAUAUCAGGUUUCACUGCCUCAAGGUUCUCAAGGAAUUGCCCAUCAGACUUAUCAACAGCCUGUUAUGUUCCCAAAUCAGUCUAAUCAAGGAUCUAUGCCCACAGCAGGAAUGCCCGUUUACUAUAGUGUCAUUCCAUCUGGCCAACAAAAUAAUUUAAGCUCUCCAGUCAGUUACUUGCAGCAUCCAGGAUCAGAACAAGUACAGUUUCCUCGGACUACUUCACCAUGCAAUUCCCAGCAGCUUCAAGGCCACCAGUGUGCAACUGUGCCACCACCGCCACCUGGUGGAGGAAUGGUGAUGAUGCAGCUCAAUGUACCAAACAAUCCACAAUCUCGUGCUCACUCACCUCCCCAGUGGAAACAAAACAAAUAUUACUGUGAUCACCAGAGAGGACAGAAGUGUGUGGAAUUUAGCAGUGUAGACAAUAUUGUCCAGCACAGCCCUCAACUCAGUAGCCCCAUUAUCUCACCAGCUCAGUCGCCAGCACCAGUUCAGCUGUCUACCCUGAAAACUGGACGUCCCUCUGGACCACCACUUUCCAUCAUGCCCCAAUUUUCUAGACCUUUUGUCCCUGGGCAAGGAGAUGCCAGGUAUCCAUUACUUGGGCAACCACUGCAGUACAACUCUCCUGCUGUUCUGCACGGACACAUUCCAAACCAACAGAGUCAGCCUGGCAGCCGGCAUGGAAACCGAGGAAGAAGACAAGCUAAAAAAGCUGCAUCCACGGACCUUGGAGCAGGAGAAGCAGUUGUUGGGAAGGUCUUGGAAAUAACUGAACUACCAGAUGGAAUAACUCGCAUGGAAGCUGAGAAGCUUUUUGGGGAACUCUUUAAAAUUGGCGCCAAGAUCCGGUGGCUCCGGGACCCCCAGUCCCAGCCCCAGCUGCGUCGUCACCCCCUCUGCUGUGGCAGCGGGGACAACACUGUCAACCCUGAACGCUCUAAACCCAGUGACUUGGCCUCCACAUACACCGUCUUAGCCACAUUCCCCUCCAUUUCAGCUGCUCAGAAUGCACUGAAGAAGCAAAUUAAUUCAGUUAACAAGUUUAAGCUGAGAACAAGCAAGAAGCACUAUGACUUUCACAUUUUGGAAAGGGCAAGUUCUCAGUAACAGAGCCACCUUUGGACCCUUCACUUCUAUGAUUCCCCUGCCCUCUCCCAUGAUUGGCUUGAUAUUUGGAGCUUCUGUUAACAUUAUAGAGACUCCUAGGAUGUGUGGUCAUGGCGUUAUAGCUUGUGAAGAAAUGCCAGUGAUCCAGCAAAGGGGCGGCGGGCAUGGGGAAGAUACACAUUUCACCCCACAUGACUAUAGGAUUCACAUGGGAAUGAUACAGUUAGCAGGUUUUUCUAAGGAAAUGCUGUUCAAAUGCCUCCUAACUUUUGUAGUUAUUUUGUUUUAUAUUUCUGAAUUCUUGUAUCAGAUCCAAAGCUCUAUUGUACAGCAAAUUAUCCUUCAAAAUGAUUAUAACCAGUUGUAACCUGUAUUUCUUUUUGCAGCUAGCACAAUGUGACCCAACUUAGAAUUUGGGGGAAAAAGAAUGCAGGAGUGGAAUAACUAAGUCAAAACCAUGUUCUGUCUUCUUUUGGGAGUUAGAGGUGCUAAGGAGAGUCCACAAAUAGAAGAUUAUUCUUCUCUUGAAUCUCUAAACACAGAAAUAAUUUCCAGAAACUACAGAACUCCUCCCCCAUAGGGUUCUUUCCUUACACAUUUUGGCAGUAUGAACAUUAAGUAUAAAGUAAAUUAUGUUGUUAAUGCCUCUUUAUCAAACCACUUAGAUUCAAAGGGGAAAAGGAAUCAUUCUAGACAGGAAAAUACUUCCACCUUUUUUUUUUUUAUGUGUCCCUCCAAUAACUAAAUGCCACUUAUUUGCAUUCUCCUCCUUGUGAAUUUUUUGUCAGCUAAGGAAAUGUAUUUGAUGAAUGCUGGAAACUUCUUAAGUGGUUUACAAUUUGUUUUCAUUAUUUGCAGCGGAUCACUGGACAUCAAAGAUUCAUUGCACUUAUGAACAAGGAACCUUCUUUUCAAUCUCUGUGUAAUUUGCAAGGCUGUACAAUGUGUGCUGAUGCAAGCCUUUUUCAGUUCAAGAGAAUAAAUGUUUACAAAUA